GAACAUCUGGAAAGGAAAGGAAAGGAAAGGAAAGGCAAAGCACAGCACAGCACAGCACAGCACAGCACAGCAGGACAGGGCAAACCGAUGAACAGGGUCAAGAAAUAGCUAGCUAGCUAGAACAUUAGAUCGUCUCUUUUCUACCAAGACCAACAAUCCUUCCUUUCCUUUACAUCAUUGACAUCAUUGACCUCACUGUUUGCCUUGCACGUAAAGGCUUUUGCUUAUUCAUGAUCAAUCCAUCUUACUCUUCAACCAUAGUAUUCUGAGAGAUAAGAUUACGGAGGAUAGAGAGAGGAGAUCCACCCCCGCGGUUUUGACACACAGAGAAAGUGCAGGAUAAUCUUGAGCGCGAUGGCGAUAGAAGACGCGUCGCAGAGUUGGAUGGGGGCAUCAAUGAAGCAUGUUUCUCUCAUUUCGCUUACUUUCCAAAACUCGGCCCUCAUACUUAUAAUGCACUAUAGUCGGAUAAUGCCAUUAGGGGGUGGGCAUAGAUAUUCCACAUCAACCGCGGUUUUUCUCAAUGAGAUCAUGAAGUUGGCAGUUUCCUUGACGAUUGCCAUGUACGAUAUUUCACGAACGUUACCUCCUUCUACGCCGGCCACGGUCCUUUUUGAACAAUUAUACAUGUCUGUGUUUUCUGGAGAUGGUUGGAAAUUGGCCAUUCCAGCUACUCUGUACACUCUCCAGAAUUCCUUACAAUAUAUUGCUGUGAGCAAUUUGGAAGCUGUACAAUUUCAGGUUUUAUAUCAAUUGAAGAUCCUCACAACGGCGGUUUUCAGUGUGGUUUUGCUUAGGAGGACACUUUCUUCCAAACGAUGGAUAGCUCUGGUCUUGCUCACAAUUGGAGUUACGAUUGUUCAACUACCCGGCGGUGCCCCGUCUGCAUAUUCGACAAUGAACGAUUCACAAUCCCGGUUUUACUUCCCACGCUCUUUUCAUGAGUUGGGACAAAUGGGCAAUGGCGCAGUGGAAGUAGCAGCCGAAUUGACGAAACGUGGUAUGGAGGGGCUUUCCGAAGGUCUUGCAAAACGAUCUGCUACAUAUGAGGGAAUACAAGAAGAUCAAGGGCUUGUCAAACCAGUCAUGAAUUAUUCAAUUGGUCUCAUGGCUGUGUUGGGCGCGGCGGUCAUAUCAGGUCUCACCGGGGUAUAUUUUGAGAAGGUGCUAAAGGAAUCCACGACUCAUGUUACGAUUUGGACGAGGAAUGUGCAGCUUUCGUUCUAUUCUCUCUUUCCAGCUUUUAUCUUUGGAGUGAUAUUCAAAGAUGGAGAGGAAAUUGCGAAGAAUGGGUUUUUUGAUGGCUAUAAUGCGAUAGUUUGGACAGCUAUUGUUAUGCAAGCAUUGGGGGGGAUUCUCGUUGCGCUUUGCAUAAACUAUAGUGAUAAUAUUGCGAAGAAUUUUGCAACGAGUAUUAGCAUUGUUAUUAGUUUCAUUUUCAGCGUUUGGUUUUUUGACUUUGAGGUUUCACUCAAUUUCCUUGUCGGUACAUCGAUAGUCCUUUUCGCAACAUGGCUCUAUAGUGGUUCAGAGAGGAAACGUAAUAGACCUCCACCAAUCAAUAUCGCGAGCUAUGAGAAGACUACUAUUGAUAAUGGAUUUACGCCAAAGUACGAAGAGGAUAGGUCGAGUAUGACGCUAGAUCCAUUAAGUGGGCUGAAAGGCCCAGGAGCUGGAGCAUCGUUAUCAACUAGUAGGCCUAGUUCGCCCAUGAGACAUCAUUCGAGGGUGGGAAGUUCGAGAGGAAAGGUUAAGAGGGAUGAUUGAUUUUUGGUUGGAUGGGUUGAAUAGGCUGGGGUUGAGAUUGAUAGUGGGCGAGUUGGAGCGGGGUCCUUUAAUGCAUACUUCACUUUAGCGAGCGAUUUAUCAUCCUAAACUUCUUAAGCGUCAACACUGGUUUCAUACUGUUGGAAAUCCAUAUAGUUCGCUUGAAACUUCAGUGAAGAGGUACAGAAGGGAGUGACGCGAGAUGACGAAAUGUAGAGACGAACGAAAUGAUACCUGGGUGGGAAAAAACGUCUUGCGUGCACGCGCAUAGGAUACCUAUGGAAUAGCAAAAUAUUACAUAUACGAUUAGGGAAAGUCAGCUGGAAUGAUUUUUCCGUAUGAAAAAGAGCAUUGAAACGCGCAUUGAACAGGGAGGGAAAUGGAUGGAGGGCACGUGAUGUUUAACUUGCGAGAUAUAUGAGAAGUGGAUCUUCUUGAUGUUGAGGCGGUUUAAGACUUUUGGUACUACAAUCCUAAGAUUUCAUACAUUGCACAACAUGUUUGGCUCGAUUUCUCAAGUAAAGAAUAUCGAGGUGGUUGGUAGGUGAAGAGUAAAGUGAAGUGAAGUCAAAAAUGGAAAGCACGCUAAACAAUUGAGGGGUAACAUCAAUGGUUGCCUUUGAUACACACACUUCAUUUCAUUCUCUCUCAUGUUUGUGACAUUCUUUAUCGGCGUACUUAGAUAGUUAUCUGAUCCUCCAUAUGUUUUUUCAAUCUCUUCUUAUCUAUCAUCA